CUUCCACGAAAAAGCCACCAGAUAUCAACAGAAUAAUGCAUCCGGAAGUCCUCUAGCAGAGGGCUACGCAUGCGUGGCGCGAAAAUUACGGGAAGUGGUUCUUGUUUACAAACAACGGAUAGAUUUCAACAUAUUUUGCAAUAUCUAACUCUUUGCUUUUACAUUUUUGUGUUAUUGCAAAAGAGUAAAAAUAUUAGAUCCACGAUAGUGACUUCGCUAUCGACCUAAAGCUCAAGAGUGACGUAACCAUCUUCCAUAUUGGUAUUUUUCUCUGGGAAAAGUGAUAUUUCAAUUUUUCAAGAGAGAACUUGUUUUCAUCGUUGUGAUAAUUAGUUGUGCAAUGGAUUUAUCGAAUGGGAGUUCAUUACAAACACACAGAAAUAUAAUUGAUUUAACAAAAUGGCUGAUUUUGGUUUUGCAAAAUUUGGAGAUGAUGAUGAUAAUGAAGAAGAUGAAGAAUAUGAUCCACAGUUAAGGUGGGGAAAUAGUGAUGGAUUGAUAUUCAUGGUUGACUGUAGUAAAGAUAUGUUUAAAAGUAAAACGGAUGAUGAAGGUGACAAUCAUUUUAAUGUUUGUAUGAGGUGUAUACAAACUACCAUGCAGAACAAAAUAAUUAGCAGUAAUAAAGACUUGAUUGGUGUUAUAUUUUAUGGAACUGAGAAAAUUGAAAAUCCAAAUGACUUUAAGAAUAUUUAUGUUUAUAUGAAUUUAGAGCAACCAGGAGCAGAAAGAAUAUUAGAAAUAGAAGAUAUGGUUCAUGGUGGCUAUAAGAAGUUUGGUACUAAGUAUGGACAUAAUGAAUCAUACUCUAUCAGUGAAGCUUUGUGGGCUUGUGCUAACAUGUUUUCUAAUUUACCACAGAAAGUAAAUUAUAAAAGAAUAUUACUGUUCACUAAUAAUGAUGAUCCUCAUUCAUCUAAUCAACAGUUACAGAGACAAGCAAGAACAAAGGCAAGUGAUUUAAAUGAAACAGGUAUUGAUCUAGAACUGAUGCACUUACAGAAACCUGGACAAAAUUUUGAUGUCUCCAAGUUUUGGAAGGAUUUAAUAUACACAACCGAUGAUGAACUGACAGAAUUACCUAAUCCAUCCGAAAAACAUGAUGAACUCCUUACAAGAGUUAGAACAAAAGAUCACAAAAAGCGAGCAUUAGGAAGAGUUGGUUUCUCACUUGGGAAAGGAAUUAAUUUCUCAGUUGGAAUUUAUAGUUUAGUCAGUGGUUGUCCAAAACCAUAUGGUAUCAAGUUAGAUAAGAAAACAAAUGAAGAGUUAAAAUCUCACAGCAAAACUUAUUUAAAGGAAACAGGAGAAGUUCUGAUGGCACAAGACUUAAAAAAGGUACAGACAUACGGUGGUCGUAAAAUAUGUUUUGAAAAUGAUGAAGUAGUGAAUAUAAAACGAUUUGAUGUUUCUGGAUUAAAGUUAAUGGGUUUCAAACCUAGAAGUAAACUAAAGAAAUAUUAUCAAGUGAAACCAGGACAGUUUAUUUAUCCCGAUGAAGAUUCCAUAGCUGGUAGUACAACAAUGUUUACGGCUUUAUUAAAGAAAUGUUUAGACCGGGAUGUUACACCAAUAUGUCAAUAUAUACCACGAAAAAACAACCCACCUAAAUUUGUUGCUUUACUACCACAGAAAGAAGAGCUAGAUGACCAUAAAAUACAAAUAACACCUCCUGGUUUUCAUGUUAUUAUAUUACCAUAUGCUGAUGAUUUUAGAAAAGUUAAACUUGAUGAUGAAGCUCCUAAAGCCACAACAGAUCAAAUUGACAAAGCCAAGGAAUUGAUUAAGAAACUACAGUUUCAAUUCAGUAGUGAGAAUUUUGAGAAUCCAGUUUUACAGAAUCAUUGGAGAAAUAUAGAAGCUAUUGCAUUAGAUAGAGAUGCUCCAGAAGAAAUGACUGAUUAUACUAUGCCUUAUAAAGAAAAUGUACAGAAAAGAGCAGGAAGAAUAAUAGAUGAUUUCAAAGAUCUAGUAUUCCCUGCGGAUUAUGUUCCAGUAGCAAAACGGAAGGCACCUUCAAGUGAAUCAGCAGCUGCAAAAAAAUCGAAGGUAGCAGAUGCUGUGGUAGCUUUAGAUAUAAAGAAAGAAGCUCAAGAGGGAAGGUUGGGUAAAUUUACCGUCCCCAUAUUGAAGGAAUUCAUCAAAAAAGAAAAAAUAACAGCCAAUGGUAGUAAGAAAGCUGAUCUUAUUGAGGCAAUCAACAACCAAUAUGGUAUUGCCAACUAAAGCAUAAUUAUUAAUACAUAUCAAACACGGACAAAUGGGAGGAGAAUUUUUCCAAUCAGAAUUGAUGUAUGAGACAGUCCCGUGGUUUUCAUUCUAUCCAAACCCUUGAAUUUUGAAUAUACUUUCUUUUUUAAUUCAUAUAUUUUUUCCAAAAACUCUUCCAUGUUCCAAAGUCCAUCUUCCAUGUAUGCAUUUGAGUUUAGCGAUUGUUUUCAAUAAAACGAUGUAUCAAGAGGGAGAGAAA